CCGGCGGGGGAGGAGCGCGCGGAGCUGGGAGGAAGUGCGCGCGGGAGCCGGCACAGACCCGCCGCCGCCGCCGCCGCCGCCCGCACCUGGCUCCGCGCCUCCCUGAGACGUUGAUCAAGGUCCAAUUCAGGAUAAUCAUCAACCAUCAUGAGUAACUACAGCGUGUCUUUGGUUGGCCCAGCUCCCUGGGGUUUCAGGCUUCAAGGUGGCAAAGACUUCAAUAUGCCUCUGACUAUCUCUAGGUUAAGUGAUGGUGGCAAGGCAGCUCGAGCAAAUGUGGGAAUAGGCGACGUGGUUCUCACCAUUGAUGGCAUAAGUGCAGAUGGGAUGACUCAUCUGGAAGCACAAAACAAGAUUAAGGCCUGCACAGGAAAUUUGACUAUGACUCUGCAAAGAGUGGCUUCUACAACAAAACCUGAACCUGUUACUGUGCAAAAGGGAGAACUUAAAGAAGUAGUCAAACCUGUGCCCAUUGCAUCUGCUGUUGCACCCAAAGUAACUUCCACAGUGAAUGUUGCCUACAAUAAGGCACCGAGGCCAUUCGGAGCUAUCACUUCCUCAAAAGUCACAUCCAUUCCAUCACCGUUGUCUGCCUUUACCCCAGCCCAUGUGACUGUUCCAUCAUCACAUGCUUCCCCUCCUCCACUGGCCACUGUCACCCCUCCCCCAUUUGCUGCAUCUGGACUGCAUGCUAAUGCAAAAUCUAGUACUGAUCAGCGUUCACCUGCACUGAGCGCUGUUAAAACUGCAGUUAAUAUCCCACGGCAGCCCACCACAUACAAUACAGCCCUGAAUGCGCUUUCCACCGGGAAUGUCCAGGAUGUGACAGAAGGGCAAAGAAGAGGAUUCAAAGAGAACCAGGGUGACAGUAAACAGCAAAAUGGGAAAAACCCACCUAAACGUCCACCAAGAAAACACGUUGUGGAUACCUACACGGAGUUUUAUCACAUGCCCACUCACAGAGAUGCCAGCAAGAAACGACUGAUUGAAGAUACCGAGGACUGGCACCCCAGGACAGGGACUACUCAAUCUCGUUCUUUUCGUAUCCUGGCUCAAAUCACCGGCACUGAUCAUAUGAAAGAACCAGAAACUGAGUCUACAAAGAAGACAAAUGAUUCCCUGGAGGCCACACAGCCUGUUGCUUAUGCUGCCUCAGUAAAGACCAUGCCCAUGAGUCCAGACAGUUCUGACACCAAAUCAUCUGCAGCCAACAUCACAUCUGCUACAGCCUUUAAACCAACCGAGCCUCAGAGUGCUGUCAAACACUCAGGCUGGCAACCUUCAAACAAAGCAGCACAAGGAUGGACAUCAAACAGUAUUGCACCAUCUGGAGCAGCUGCAGCAAGUACUAAGUCUUUAAUGCAACCUCAGCUAACAGAGCAGGACACUUUAAUUCAAAGAGCGGAGCAUAUUCCAGCAGGAAAGCGUACCCCGAUGUGUGCCCAGUGUGAUCAGGUCAUUAGAGGACCUUUUUUGGUGGCUUUGGGAAAAUCAUGGCAUCCAGAGGAGUUUAAUUGUGCCCACUGCAAAACCUCCAUGGCUUAUAUUGGGUUUGUGGAAGAGAAAGGGGCCCUCUACUGUGAGGUCUGUUAUGAAAAGUUCUUUGCUCCUGAGUGUUCUCGAUGCCAGAGGAAGAUACUUGGAGAAGUCAUCAAUGCUCUGAAACAAACUUGGCAUGUUUCCUGUUUUGUGUGUGUGGCCUGUCAUAAUCCCAUCCGCAAUAAUGUCUUUCAUUUGGAAGAUGGGGAUCCGUACUGUGAAACAGAUUACUAUUCCCUCUUUGGUACCAUGUGCCAUGGCUGUGAAUUUCCCAUUGAAGCUGGUGACAAAUUUCUUGAAGCCCUGGGCCAUACCUGGCAUGACACCUGCUUUGUGUGCUCGGUGUGUUGUGACAGUCUGGAGGGUCAGACUUUCUUCUCCAAGAAGGAUAAGCCACUAUGCAAGAAACAUGCUCACUCUGUGAACUUCUGAUUCUUAGGCCACAUCUUAACAAACUUAAGGAGUUGAGAGGAAGAUUGGAAUUCAUUGGCUGUCCAUUUUCCAUGAAUUGUUUGUUACCUAUAUGCAUCUUUUUAGAAAUAGAAGCAAGAUGUGAGAGUGUUUCUCAAAGAACAGUUUUCUUUCAGUAAAAAGAGGGUGGGUAGCCUAAAUGCUAAGAGUUAAUUGUUAGGAUGGUUGUAUUUUCACACCCAGCAUGUUCCUGUAUUGGUCUCAGUAUUUAUAUGGGUAAAUAUAUAUUUGUUUAAAUAUUACUAAUGAAGCAGUUACAAAUUCAGAUCUGCUAUCAUAAAACCUGAUUUUGCUGCUAUUCAGAAAGAAAGGGGUUAUUGGCUUAGAUAUCCAAAUCAUAUUAGAGGUAUGAAUGUUUUUCUAAAAACACAUCUAAAAACAUUAAAACUAAAAUCCAGUCAGUAUUAACACUGAUAAAGAAUCUUAAAGAUAAGGAUUAAGAUAUCUGGAACAUGUUUUAAUGCAUGAAAUCUUCACUUUGGAUAACACUCUCAUAUGGUCCAUGCUUGUCGUCCACUCUUGCAGGAUUGCAUGAAGCCCCUGGUAAUCAAAUUUUAAUAGACCCACAAAGAAAAGUGUGGAGAUUUAUAUGUGACCUCCAAAUUAUGGGAUAGCUAUUCGAAUGGAAAGUAAUGAUUUAAGAAGUGCCCCUCAAGCCUCAGAGAUGACACAUGGAACACUGUUCUUUCAGAUGUGGCAUAUCACCAAAAGGCUAGCCAAAAGUGUCAGAGUAUGAAAUUGCAUCUGACAGGAACUGUCUAAUCAGAUCUUAAACUUAAUAUUUUCUCUACUUGUAUGCUCACAGUUCAGCAGUUAGAAGUGCUUGGGGGAGGAAGAAAGGGAAAGAAACUAUGUUAAGUCUGCAAGUAGCAACGUUUUGUAUCCAGAAGAUGAGGCUUCUUCCUUCUGUUAGGAGGGAAAGUUCUGAAGUGCAACUCAGGACUUUGUUUUCUCCCAACACUGCCUCUGUGAUGUAGCUCAUGAAUAUAUUUAUAUAUGAUGUUUGUUUGUUUAGUGCAAGCUAUUUUCUUGCUUAUAUGCUAGGAUUUGUUUAGCUCAUUGUCUCUUUCAGUCUUCCUCUAGUCAUAAAGAAUGGAUUGUUGGAUAAUAUAAUAUUGAGUUAGGCAGUUCAGUAUCUCUCAGUUCUUGAAAAGCAACAGAGAUAAUGCUGUCAUUAUGCACAUAUUCCAAACCAACAGACUUUGCCAACAUCUUUUCUGGAUUAAUGUGAAAAUCGCCCCUGUGCAGAGCCAGAACAAAGCCUAGACACCAGUGAAGCAGCAAUUGUAGACGUAUAAGAAAGAGGUACUGACUCUCUCCAGAAAGUGAAUUUCACUCCAGGAGAGUUAGCCAACAGAGAAGGGGUCCUUUCUGUCCCAAAUGAGAAUCUUGCUUGAAGCCAGGUUUAUAUACUGCCUAUUUAAAUGGGGAAGUUAGAUAGUCUUUGUUUCCUUUCUGUUAAGUACACGUUUACAUUUUAGAAUUGGUACUAAGGAAAAGUUUAUUAGUAAUGAUAUGAGGAAAAUAAAAUGAAAAGAAUUGACAUGUACUCUUGUUUGCCAUGGUUCAGUAAAGAAAAUAUUUGUGUAGAAUAUAUACAAAGACAAACCUAUUGUAUUGAACUCUAAAAGGAUCUGUAGUAUUCAGAAGAAUUCACUGAGACAGGGCUGUGCAAUAGGUAGUAUUUAAUUUGUAUUUUCUGAGGGUAUUUUUUCUCAAUGCUACUACACUUUAACUUCUAAUGAUAUGGGAGAAAUAUUGUAAAGCAACUUAAAAUGUUUACAGUCUUCUAGAUAUGGUUGAUGUGGAUAGGC